AUGUGCUGCCCUAAACCCGGAGGAGUGACUUACUAAGACGCGUUAAAAAUGUCUUCUUGCUCAAGCGAGGUCAUUAGCGCCGAUGAGAUCAAGAGGGAGAACACAAGGGCACUGGAGAAUCGGAGGAGUGUCAAGCUGUCAGCGCUGGACUCUGCGGAGUUGUCUAUGGAUAAUGCAACUUCAACGGCAGCUGUCGAUGGAGUCCGCUCCGAACUUUUGGAUUGCACCCCGGCCUCACUGGCCUUUUCUCCCGAACAAGUGGCGUGCGUGUGUGAGGCACUGCUGCAGGGAGGAAACGUGGACCGCCUGGCCAGGUUCCUCUGGUCACUGCCGCAGAGUGACCUGCUGCGUGGCAACGAAAGCAUCCUAAAAGCACAAGCGAUAGUGGCCUUUCACCAAGCCCGCUACCAGGAACUCUACUGUAUCCUGGAGAACCACAGCUUCAGCCCGGCGAAUCAUUCUUCGUUGCAGGACAUGUGGUACAAAGCGCGGUACACUGAGGCGGAGAGGGCGCGGGGCAGACCACUUGGCGCAGUGGACAAGUACCGUUUGCGCAGGAAAUAUCCUCUUCCUCGGACUAUUUGGGACGGAGAGGAGACAGUAUACUGCUUCAAAGAAAGGUCCAGAAAUGCGCUGAAGGACAUGUACAAGCGAAACCGAUAUCCUUCCCCUGCAGAAAAACGAAAUCUCGCCAAAAUCACAGGACUUUCUUUGACACAAGUGAGCAACUGGUUCAAAAACAGAAGACAGAGAGAUAGGAACCCGUCCGAAGCGCAAUCGAAAAGUGAAUCUGACGGGAACCAUAGCACGGAGGAUGAGUCCAGUAAAGGACAGGAAGAUCUAUCUCCACCCCCUCUCUCCAGUGGCUCCACUGGCUCAGCCACCCAUGGGACAGCCCCCCCUGUGGUCUUCUCAGACAGUGGUACCACUGUCAUUCAACAAAUCGGUGAUGUCAAAAUGCCAUCACAUCCCUCUGGUGGAAUGGGUUUCAGUGGUGACCUAGCAAACACCAGUACUCACUUCCUAAACGGUGGAGCCUAUGUUCAGUCCCAUGGCACCAGCACCCUUUUGAAUGGACUUGGUACAUCUAGUGGACAUUUUGUGAGCUUUGAGUCCCAGAGAGUUUCCCAAGCCCAAGAUUCAAGGCUCCUCGGUGGUUCCUCUGUGGCCUACAGCUCUUUCUCAAUGGGGAUUCCUGAAACAACCACGGGGAAGAUGGAAGGAGUUGUGUCUCCUCACUCUGAGGAGGGUGUCACAACCUCAGUGGUUACCUUUGCUCCCAUAUCUUCCUCAUCCUCCUCUUCCUCUGGUGGUCCACAUCUCAACAGCUACAGUGUGGUUAACCUUCCUGGUUCUGAGGCCAACAUGGGUCUUCCGCCUUUACUGCUGCCCCCAACUUCUACAACUCCCUCUCAUGGCUCUGGACCCCUGGGUAGUGUGGUCAGUGAUUCCUCCCAACAAUCCAGCCAUGCUCUCCUCUACACUCUCACUCAACCAGUCAAGCAGGAGCCCCUGGAUGUUGGGGCAGGUUACCCUUACUCUUCAGAUGUGCCUCUGGACCAAAGCGGACAACUGGGCUACACCGCAUCUCUUUUCCUUUCCUCGAAUCUCACCGCUUCAUCUUCAAAUGGCAGCCCAACUGUCACUGCAACGGUCACCUCGACUCUGUCUGCACACAAAGGCCACACAUCUUUAACUAAUAAUGUCCACAGCUCUCACCAGGUGGACGGUGGAGUCCUGUCUUUGGACUACAGGGACCAUAAUGCUCAGCUGCCUCUGUCAAACACUCUGGAUGUCUCGUCAGGGGCAAACGGUGCAGUUAGGGCGGUCUGCAGUGAUUUGGAUGUAGAGGGAAAAGAGCUGGCCAAGUUGCAGACUGUACAAAUGGAUGAAGAUAACAGUGAUCUCUGA